AUGCUGCUCAAAGUGCUGCGUUGUCCGUCCGUGCAGCUUCAAUUGCUGAUCCGACGCCCUCACCAUGGCCAAAUGCAAGGUCUUCGCUUCUUCAGCUCCAAGACGUCGCAUCAAAAACAGAGUGAAGAGGAGGAACUGACCAAUACAAAGCUAUGGGACAAGGUGCUGGCCAAUCAGAAAGAUCAGGUGGAGCAACAGGGCGGUGACCUGCUCUACGAAUACCCACGCAAGGGCUAUUUCGGAUACAUGUCAGCUGGAUCUCUUGCUCAUAUUGCAUUCUGGUCGUGGCUCAAAGGCUAUGAACAAAGUCUUGUAGAGAUGCACCCGGUGUUGGGCGAACCGACGUUCUUCUCCUUCAUUUCGGACGACUUUGGUUCUUCUGUUGGUUUCGGCAUGAGCAUUCUGUUGGCUGGACUUAUUGGCUUUCAUGCAAGACGGACUGUGGCGCGCAUAUCAGUCAUCGCCGGCGGUGGCAAGUUGCGUUUUACGACCCACAAGUUCUUCGGAGAUUUAGGAAACCCUAUCGAUGUACCAAUCUCAUAUGUGUCGGCACACCCCAACACCAAAAACAACAUUAUUCUGAAGCUGGCCAACACGCGCGGAUUUUUUUGGUAG